GGUCGCGGCGCCGCGCGGCUCAGUCGGAGCUCGGCGCUCGGAGCGGGAGGAGCUGGCGUGCGGCCUGUGCGCGGAGCGGCCCGAGACACAGCGCGAGCCCACAGCAGCCCGGCACAUCGGCCGGCCCUACAGGAGGAGGAGCCGCAUAGAGCCCGCGCCGCGCGGAGCCGCCGAGGAUGAUAAACACGCAGGACAGUAGUAUUUUACCUUUGAGUAACAGUCCCCAGCUACCAUGCUCCAGGCACAUUGUUCCAGGGCCUCUGUGGUGCUCCGAUGCCCCUCACCCACUGUCGAAGAUCCCCGGUGGGCGAGGGGGUUGCAGGGAUCCUUCUCUGAUAUAUAAGGACGAGAAGCUCACUGUUAACCAAGAUGUCCCAGUGCAUGAAGGGAAACCUCACAUUGUCCACUUCCAGUACAAGAUUACGGAAGUGAAGAUCUCCUCCUGGGAUGCAGUGCUUUCCAAUCAGAGCCUUUUUGUGGAAAUCCCUGAUGGCUUAUUAGCUGACGGGAGCAAAGAAGGAUUGCUAGCGCUGUUGGAAUUUGCUGAAGAAAAAAUGAAAACAAACUACGUCUUUAUUUGCUUCAGAAAAAGCAGAGAAGAUAGAGCUCCACUUCUGAAGACAUUCAGCUUCUUGGGCUUUGAGAUUGUGAGGCCUGGCCACCCCUGCGUUCCAUCGCGACCCGACGUGAUGUUCAUGGUGUACUCUCUGGAUCAGAACUCUUCCUCUGAUGAAGAAUAGCCCCUGUGGAGUACGUCAGCGUGACCUGAAGAUGCUUUUGAGGGGAGAAGGGGUUAAAUCUCCUUUCAUGCGGAAAGGGAAAACAAGCUUCUGUAGGACUGAAACUGCAUUUCUCAUUGUUAGAUUGGCCUGUAUAUCCUCAGAGUUGACUUUUCAUUGAAAUGUGUUACAUAGAGAACUAUAUCUAUCUAUCUAUAUAUAUCUAUAGAUAUAGAUAUAUAUACAUACGUACACACACGCGUGCGCGCGUAAUCUCCAAAUAGUAAAUGGAAGAUGUUUAUGAACUGGCAUAGAAGCUCUUUAAAUACAGCUGUGUGGUAUACUUGUUAGCCUAGCAGUGCCUCGUGCUUGGGCUGUGAAUGGAAGCCUGGCAUGCCAGGGAGAACACGGUGGCUAGAAGCAGUAUCAAUUUCUUGACUUUUUAAAUCAGUAUUGGUUUUUUUUCCUGAUCACCUGAUGUGUGGCACACAUUUUAAAGACUUGUCUAUUUUUAUGUUCACUCAGACUCUUAAAUGUAAGGCAUGUUUUGGGUGUAGACACACAGAAGGGAUGUGCUUGAGUUAACUCUUAAUGACACUACAUUUAAAACCCUAUACGUUUCUGCACUGGGUAACCAAUGCUAUAUACAGCUUACCCCUCUUUAGAAAAAGCUUCUUGCUCUUCCAGCUUUGGUUUAAACAGUCUUACUCUGCGCUAUGGCAGCAUUCAGCAAAGGGGCAUUCAGGUUAACUUUACCCGGCUGGUGCUUUAUUUUAGGAGAAGAGCCUUUGCCUAGACCUCUGGCAGUGCUGCAGUGGUACUCUCCUUACAUUGAAUAAAAGGAGCAUUGGGGCACUGCCUCUGGUUCAGGUGAGCUGUUCUUUGGCUGCUCGUGUGUUAGUUGUGUGGAGCGGUUGGGAGUCCUUAGGAAAGGUAUGAGCUAUCCUGGUCUGAAUGUGGGUCACUGGCUUUAAAGUCUCUGGUGAGACUGGUUAAGGAAGCUUUAGUUUUUAAUUAAUCACUUCCUUCAUGAUCUUCCUCAUCUCAAAGCAGAGGUCUGUGCCUCUGUUACUAGCUCCAGAGAGGCCCUUGGAGACUUCAGGCACUGCUAACACAGGCUCUGUAUCAAAUACCAAAGGGAGCAGAAUGCAGCGCAGCAGGACUACGAUGGUGAAGGAGACUCCAUCUGUACUGCCUUCCUCCUCUCAGAUCGAUUCUGCAAUUCUCCCCACCUGUGACUGUCAUUGGGGACUGGAUGGGAUGGGAGGAGGGUGGAACUGCUGGCUGUAGUUUGUCUGUCUCUCUCCACCACUUCUAAUGUUGGAGAAGAGAGUUAAGCUCUUCUGUUGAUGCCAUUUGGUUUUAAUCUGAUUGGCUUUCUUUGACUGCUACAUGAGAAAUAUAUAUUUAUAAAUCCUCCAUUUGGGAUGUAUUGUGAGCUCUCUUGCUGACCUGGCUGCCUUAUCCAUUGCAUUGUCCUUGUAUGCUUUGUUCUGAUUUCAUGUUUAUGUGGAGGAUGUUGUCUGAAAGCUGAAGCCAUUCCAUAGACUUUCAUAGUCACUGUUUAUUGGGGGGAGGACGGGGAGGGGUGUUGGGUCACAUGUUGUUAGUGUGCGAAUAAAUGAUUUUAAAGUUGG